AUGGCGAUCAGUGUCCUACUAUUCCUUGCUCUGUUACUUUACGCGAUCCUGUACAUCACAUGGAAAGUGCUCCGGAACCGACGUCGUGCGGCGGCACUGCUGAAACAAUUGCCACACUUUCGGACACUACCCUCGGUUCCGCUGCUGGGCAGUGCGCACCUCUUUCUGCACACCACAUCCGACGGUGUACUGCGUGCGAUAGUCGACUGUCACAAGCGGUACGGGAAGAAUCUGGUCAUGCAGGAGCUUUGCAAUGAGUUCAAGCUGCUCACCAGCGAUCCGCGCGUCUUCGAACAGGUGAUACAGUCGAAAACGAUUGUCAAGUCAUCUUUCUAUCGCUUUUUGCAAUCGUGGAUUGGCAUUAGCAGUGUUCUGACUAGUGGAUCCCACUGGACUGCGCGGCGGAAAGUAAUCAAUCCGGGCUUCCACUUGAAGAUGCUGCAAGACUUUCUGGGCACUAUGAUCACUCAGACGGACGUAUUGAUGCUUAAGUUGGCCCCGCUGGCUGGUGGUCGGGACAUCGACAUAUACGAUCCAUUGCGGUAUUGUGCAAUGGACAUUAUCUGUGAGACGGCUAUGGGUGUACGGUUGGAGUGUCAGUCCAAGCCCAAGGUUCAAUUUGUCGAAGCAACUGAAACAAUGAUUGACUUGGUGUACAAACGGGUCUUCAAUCCGCUACUAACAAACGAUACGCUUUACGCAUGCACCAGUGCUGGGCGGCGCCACAAAGAUGCCUUACAGGUAAUCCACCAAUUUACGGAUUCCGUGAUUCGUGAGCGUGUGAAGCGGAUUCAGGAUGCUCCUGCCAGGGCGGCCCGGGACGAAGAGAAUCGUACGUGCAAGAUGACGUUUUUGGAUCUGCUGCUGGAAACCCGGCACGAUGGUGAGGAACCGUUGACCGAUAACGAUAUUCGCGGUGAAGUUGAUACGUUUAUGUUUGCCGGACAUGAAACUGUUUCGUCGUGCGUUAGCUUUGCCCUGUACCAUCUGUCCCGCAAUCCGGCCUGCCAGCAACGAUUGUACGAAGAAAUUGUGGCCACUUAUGGUACGGGUGAGGUUGGGUCUGUUAACUUGACGUACUCUUCACUGCUGGAUCUGAAGUACGCGGAGUUGGUCAUCAAGGAGACGCUACGGUUGAACCCUUCGGUACCGAUGAUUGGAAGGCUAUCGGCCGGCGAUAUGGUUAUCGAUGGUGUUACGAUACCGGCCGGUACGGAGGUGAUGCUCAACAUCUACGUCAUGCAGAAUGAUCCGGACUACUAUCCGGAUCCGGACCAGUUCCGACCGGAACGGUUUGUAGAAGAGCCUCAACCAUUCACCUAUCUACCGUUCAGUAUCGGCAUCAGAUCAUGCAUUGGACAACGGUUUGCCAUGCUGGAGAUGAAAACGAUGCUGGUUAAGCUGUUCUCUAGAUACCGGUUUCUACCCUGCGAGGAGGAAAAUGCAAUGCAGGUAAAGGCCGACCUCACACUCAAACCGUUCGGUGGGGCGUUCGUCAAAAUUGUGGAAAGAAACUCAUUAGUAGUUUAA